UUGUAACUUGGCGCUCGUGAGGCAGACAGGCUCCCGUUUCAGUUUGAGGUCUAAAUUUAGGGAGGCAGUCCGACUGCAAAUGACGACAAACAUCUAAAGUGGUGUAUGUGCCGGUGGUAUGAGGACUGAGGACCAUGGAAACGAGUCGUACAACUGUUGUUGAUGACACGGUGCGUAUUUUUAGAGGCUGUUGUCAUGUUUCCGUAACAGCGCCGCGCUCACUAUAAAGGCGGACCUUCACAAUGCAGCUGUACAGCAGUGCGCUCACACACUACCCGAGGUCCACCCGAAAACUCACGAUAACUUUAUCCACUGGACCCGAGCGACUGAACGGGACAACAAGAAGUCCGUCCGGGGCUGAUAAAUCGGGUCUGACACAACAGGAUAUCGCUUCUGCCACAAACGAGGACACUUCCGGAAACAUGCCUGCCUUUUCGUGCUACGAGUCCUCAUCGAUCAGACCGAUUUGUUUCACAUCCACCGCCGAGAUACUAAUACGACGACCCGACGGAGGGCAGAAGUCCGUGCCCGUGCAUGUGCUGAGGGAGUCCAAAACCCCGUCCUCCCUUCAUAAUAAAAGUCUGAUCUGCAAUGGCUCUGAUGGGUUUGUGGACUUGGUGGACCAGUUGAAUUUUUUCCCAGAAUCCUCAGAACUGGUUGAAAAUGAGCUCAUGAACGCCAAGAACACCACUGGAGCAAGAAUUGAAGAAUACAGGAGGAUGUUGGGGAUUUUAAGUGACAAUGAUAUUUUGGCGUCGAAAGGAUGGACCUCGUCUCGUGAGUGCGUUCCGUCAGGUCAGACUGAAGACCUGGUGGUGGAUGAUUUUAGUGAUGCGCAUGGCGAAAAAGCUGCCCCCGUACCAGGUCACAAACGGACCUUUGAGCUCAGCGUUCUGCAGGAUUCCCCUACACAAAGAUGUCCAGACAGGGGGGACGUCAAAGUCGCUCGGUACCUGGCUGAAGUGGAGAAACAAAACAAGUACCUCCAGGAGAGGCAGAAAUAUAGGUACCACGUCAUUCCAGAUGGCAACUGUCUGUACAGAGCGGUGUGCAAAGCUGUGUAUGGUGACCAGGCACGGCACGGGGAGCUCCGGGAGCAGACGAUACACCACAUUGCCAAUCACCUGGAUGAGUUCAACCCCAUCAUAGAGGGGGACAUAGGUGAGUUCCUAGUCAACGCGGCGCAGGAUGGUGCCUGGGCAGGUUACCCUGAGCUCCUUGCCAUGAGCCAGAUGCUGAACAUUAAUGUCCACCUGACGACAGGAGGGAGCACGGAAAGUCCCACUGUCUCCACUAUGGUGCAUCACCUUGGGGAGGAAGACAGUCCUAAACCGGCGAUCUGGCUGAGUUGGCUGAGCAACGGUCACUACGACGUUCUCCUGGAUGAGUGUCUUCCCAACCCAGAGUACGAGGACUGGUGCCGUCACUCGCAGAUGCAGAAGAAAAGGGACGAAGAACUGGCGAAGUCAAUGGCAGCGUCCCUGUCUAAAAUGUACAUUGAGCAGAAUGGGACUGUCUGAAAGAAACAGCUUUCUUUGAAACAUUAAAAAAAAGACUUAAAGUGCAGUGCACAAUGUUUUUCUUUUCUUUUUUUUGUACGAAUCUCAUAGGUGACAUUUGCCUUUUGAACUGUUUGAAAGUGUGUGAAUGUUCUUGAUGGUUUGGUAAAUGAUCUGAGUGGAAUGGAAUGCCGUUCACAUAAAUACAUAUAAUAUUAAAUUGCCUUUUAUUAGAAAACCAGAUAUUUUUCUCUUACUGUGCUUUGUAGACAAAUGUAUUUUACUAAAUUUUUUAUCACAGAGAAACAUCAUUGUGGUUAAUUUAUUUAUGGUUGUUUUUUGUUUGUUUUUGCACAAAAUUCCUAUCUGGUUGCAAGUGGAGGCAGUGAGAUUGAGUUCAGAUGUUCUUUUUUACUAUUUUUCCAGAGACCUUAUAUAAAUUUUAUUGCUAUUAAAAGCAAGUACUGACUAAA